AUGCUGGCAGAAGGUGUUGAUGGUGAUAGUCUGACAGUAACCAGUGACAAUGAAGAAACUAACCAAAGGAGUGAAGGUACUGUAAUUUACUAUAGCAGAUAAAAAAUAAUUGUUGCUAAGUAACAGAAAAAGCAAUAACAGCAACAGAUUUUUCAAUAUUCCACCGUUCAAGUUUUAUUUGUGUAAGAGCCAUCGUGAGAGAAAUUAAAAGCUUGAAAUUUAAAAGGUGCUGAGGAGGUAAAUAAAUAAACUGAAUUCUUUGAGUUAACCCCACAGCUGAGUUUAGAUUUUGUAAUUGUGCAAUGACUUUUACAAUAAGUUAAAUAAAGGAGAGUAGAAAAAAGCAAUCAGAAAAAACAAACAAACAAAAAGAAAUCAGGCCAAAAGUUGACUUUCCUUGCAGAGAGUGAAAGGUUUUGAGUACCGUCACGCAGUUGAUUCCCCUUUCAUUACAGUGCAUGUAAACCACUUUUAAUUUGAAUUCAAGAAUUCAUUAGUAAAUUUUGUUAUUACAGUCAAGGCAGGUCAGGUUAUCCCCAAAGAAGCCAUUAAUAAACUGAUUAUUUUAAAAAUAAAUCUGUUAGUCAUUGCCGCAGCUAGUACCAAAUUUAUGUCUGCAUUCUUGCAUACUUAAUGAGUAUUCAAUUUUUGACUACAACUUUCCUGUAUUUGGUCAGAUUGAAAAAUCUUUCAAUGGGUAAAAUUGCUAUGAACACAUUAUAUCAAAGUCAAGAAAACUGAGCCACCAGAAAUUCCAUAUCGAGGGUAAUCGACCUAGCGUGUGAAUUCACUGGUCAUUACUAUGUAGGAAUGCGAAGAUGAAUCUGAAAUCUACAACUACUAAGGGAUUCAAAUUUCAAAUAAUCCAUUCAUUAAUGGAAUCGUGGGGGUACACUUGACCUUCCUUGACUGUAAUGGUUUCAACACAGGAGUCAUGUCAUAAGUAUAUCCUUUAAUUAAGCAAAGAUGAGUACUGUGCAGGGUUUUUUUUUGAAAUGUCAUUCAUCAACAACAGUCCUCUAUUCAAGACAAUACAAGAAUCACUUAUGACUUGUUAUUGUUGUAUGAUAAUUAUUAUAAUGAUAUUAUUAUUAUUUCUUUGCUGACGAAUUUGCUAGAAUCAUUAUUUUUUAAUGGAGAUCCAUUGAAUGGUAGAUGGUUAGUUCUGUAAUAUAAGUUGUUUUAUGAAGCGCCUUUUAACAUAAAUUUUCAGAACCAGAAUCUAUAUCUGAGCAAACUGGUUCAACUUCCACAUGCAAAGAAACGCAAACAGGAGAACAGAAAAAUACCCAAGUGUCUUUGUCAGCAGUUCCUCGGUUAGUGGAUAAUAAAAGAAAGCAGAUGGAGAAGGCACUUUCUCAAGCCAAGCGUGAUCAGAUUUCAAUGAAAUUCAGCAAAAGAAGACCUAAUCAUGAAAAAGCAAAUGAUUGCCUCACUUGAGAAAUCAAACAAGUCUUUACAAAGUACAAUGCAAAAAAUUACUGACUCAUUGUCUGUUAUGGCAGAAGGAAUUUCUUCUGGGAUGAGGAUGAUUGCUAUGGCCAUGUCAGGCCAAACUCAGUAUCAGUUUCAUCCUUCUCACCCAGUAGGUUACAAUAGCAAUGCUAUGAUGUAUCAAAAUAAUAUGUAUGGAUGUCCCAGGGGAUAUAAUUCUGUAAUUUCACCUGACCAUGAAGUUUCAGGUCAAGUGGGAGUAAGGUCAUAUACUCCAAGCCCCACCCCCUCCGAUUCAGCUUCUACAGCAAGUGGUGACAAUGGUUAUUUUAGGUAUACCUGUUGA